AUGAGCCCUGAUGAAGGCGAUCACGGUGAUGUGCUUUUUGUGCUGGGACUCGCGGGCAAACUUGCCGAACUGAAAUGGUACCAAAACGUACGUUCGUUACUGACUCCCUGUACCUUCGUAAUUGCCAGGUUUGCGGUGCACUUUUUGGCAGAUCCGAGGAGAUCCCCCGCCACGUGGACCGGAGUAGUACGCUCGCACAGAGCAAUCAGUCUCGAGAAGUCGCACGGUACGUUACGUCGCGGUCGGCAACCCCGGCAGACGGAGCCCUGCAGCGCUCAGGUGCAGCGCUCCGGCAGUGCGCUCCCGGCACCAACUCGCACGUCAUCAAUCACUCCCACGGCGCGCGCGAUGAUCCAAGUCGCGACGACCGCCCUCCCGCGCGCGCCUCGCGCGACGCGGCCGCGCGCCCCGUCGAUCACCGCCAGGACCACCCCCCGCGGCGCGAGAACCCUCGUUGCGCGCGUCGGGCGCUCGUCCGUCGACGAGCUCACGGGCGAGCCGCGGUGGGUCGAGGUGAGCGACGCGUCCGCGGCGAUCGAGGACGCGCGCGAGGCGUACGAGUCCGGGGACUACGCCGCCGCGGUGACGACGUUAGAGGGCGCGCUGAAGCUCGGCGGGAGCGGGACGAAGCGCGACCGCGCGAAGCCCGCGGAGCUCUCCAUGGGCGAGCUCCAGGCGGUGUGGUACAACCUCACCGCCUGCUGGUCCACGCUCGGCGACGUCGACAAAGCGAUCGCGUCGCUGGAGAAGACGCUAAAGGCUGGGUUCUGCAGCGCGGAGCUGUACGGGUUUAACAAAGCGAACGAGGAUUACAACGCGCUCAUGUCGGACGAGGGGAUGAAAGCCGCGCGGGAGGAUCCGCGAUUCAAGGCGCUCGUGGACCGGUUCAACGUCCAGCCGACGGAGCUGCAACUUCAGUUGGACCCGUCGCAGUCGUCGAUCGGGAGGGCGAUCAAAAUGUGGGGCGAUAAGAAGAAAUGAACGCGCGCCCCAUCCCUAGCCCUACGCGACGUGUUGUAGCGGUGUUGUUGUGUGUCUACUAGUUACAUAUUAUACUAUUUCGUAUCGCGCGUUAUUCUUCUAACUAAGGAGCCCUACAUACUUCC